AAUGCAGGAGUAGAUCAGAAGGUGAUGAUUCACAGGGUUCGAGAGAACUAGCCGCGUUACCGUAAUUACACGGCUUUAUGGUUCAGACUUGGUAAAAAUUAAUUAGCAAGUAUCUUUAUUACAUGUUUUACUAUCUUGUUCCGCUCCUAAAUUAGUGGCUUCAAUAAUGAUUUUUAUCAAAAGUCGAUGUUGUACCAUUAUCUUUACUACUCUAUAAGAGAGCAAAGUAGGCGUCCACCAUCACCACGGCUCCGCCCACGUCCUUCCCACCCCCCGCUAAUCUCGCCGCGCCGCGGAAUCCAUGGCGCCGCCCUCGCCCUCCACGCCCCAUGUCGGCAUGCCCCUCCCUUACGACCGCCUAGCGAUGGUGGAGUCUUCAACGGCCGCGGUGGCCGACGGCGCGGAGGGAGUCGGGGAGGACGUGGGCGCGUCGUCCUCCAUGGGCUCCGCGGCUGCCGAGUCUCCUGCUGCCUCCCCAUCAUCCAUGGGAUCCGCGGCGGUGGCUUCUUCCUCCUCCAUGGUUUCCACGUCUACAGGGCUACACCUUGCCCCGCCCCCUCUUGCCAUGCCCGCCAAUCUCAGGUUCCGCCAGCCAUCCCAGACCACGCGUCGCGCCCCAGCCUGAAUCCACCCGCCAGCCACGCCCACAGAUCUCGCGUCCGCGCCCUCCUCAUCGCCCCACAUGCUGCGCACUCUCAGAUUCUACGAUGUCAAUGGAAGGCCCGCCCCCGCCGCCGUCGAUGGAAAGUGCAUGCCUUCGAUGGGGAGAGGACUGCGCGCCGCGCCUAUCCAUACCCGGAUUUCGCACCUCUUUGUCCCGCGCACGCGUCUGUCGAUGGAAGAGAUCCAGACAGUGCUCGCCCCCGCGGUGUGGAGGUUUUUGGCCGCCACCUGCAUCUCCACAUCGCGGUCCCAAUCAAGAUCAUUAUUAUUCGGGUCGCCUUCCUUGUUCUCUCCCAAAUCGCAGGGCUUAGUUCCUGCAAAUCGCCCUCGGCGUGGCCUCAAGAUAAGACACACCAGCGCCCUUGCUGGAAUCGUGGACGCUCGAGGAGGACUCGAGCCGACCGUCGCGCUUGUCUCGCCUCUCGUCAAUCUCCCUCCCUCUCUGGUCUCUUUCUCUCUCUUUAAUUGUUGGGGAUCAGCCUGAUUCAGAGCAACGAGUCGUUGGGCGCCAUUUUGCUCGCUCCAGACCGACAAUCUUGGACAGCUCCAAAGGUGCGUUCUUGUGAUUUUCCCCAAACAAUACUGCAUCAUUGAACCCUCUAUUUCUGCACAAUGUGAAAAAGUCUAUGUUUCGUUGCAAUUGUUUGGAGGACUCGUUGCCAUUUGGCAGCAUUAUGCCUGACUUUUUCGAGUCAACCUUGUUGCGUUCAUUGCUAUUUUUUGGUUUUUGUGGGAAAAAUAAGGUAUUUCACGUUGUUAGCUUGAGAGAUCAUUCACUCCCUCAUGCCGUAGUUGGUCGUUGGGGCCUGCCUCAUGAUCAUUCUAUGGGGUAGCAUCGUGGAAUGAUUGAGAAAAUCAGGAUCGUGGAACGAUUGAGAAAAUCAGGAGGUAGGCGAUAUGAGGUCUUCCUUUCCUGUGUGCCCGCGAGAAAGGGUGUUGUGUCGUGACUUGUGAGGGCCUCCUCCUGGGCAUCUACGGGGUUCCUCAGCCUCAUGGACAACUCCUUUGGGUGCUCUGCUUCCGGUGAGCGGCUUGUCUCAGCUGCUCGCGACGGCGACCUGCAGGAGGCACAUGCACUGCUCAAGUACAACCCUUGCCUUGCCCGAUACUCCACAUUCAGUGUUAGGAACUCAUCGCUGCAUUAUGCCACGACACAACACAAGGACACCAUGAGGUAACGUUGUUUGUCUUCUAAAGAAGCAUCAUCAUAAGAGUUGGUGACUAUAGUAUUUGCAUUCAAAUUUGUUUGCUCUUUGGAUAUUCAAAUUGUCUCUUUGCUGCUUGAAUCCCACGUUGAGAUCAACCUUAGGAAUUACAAGGGGUAGGUAAAGUUAAUUUCUAAGGCUAAGUGUAUUGAGCUUGUGCGUAGUAGCUGACGAAGUUAUACCUUAGUGUAUGCUUUGCUAAUUCUAUAUAGACUGAUUUGAUGCAAGCAUGCCAAUAUGGCCACUGGGAGGUUGUUCAGAAACUGAUACUCUUCAAUGCAAAUGUAAGUUUUGUCCCACUUCAUUCGACAAGAGCAUUUCUUGUAGUUUAUCGUAGAUAAUGUGGAAAAAUGGUAUACAGGUGCACAUGACAUAUUAUCUCCAAAUGGUGGGGUGCUCUCCAUUUUGCUGCGCUGCUUGGUCAUGCCUGAUUCCUCCGUCUUCUGCUUGCAGAUUAUGUUCCAAGCAUACUGAAUUCUGUAGCAUGAUGAAUCAUAAGUCAUCUGAAGAAGAUUCAGUUGCUGAUUUUGAUCAUGAGAAUCAUAAGUCAUGAUGAAGAUUCAACCGCUGAUUUUAGAAAGUGUUCGGAGAUCAACCAUGGCUAAUGGCUUCAUUCGUGGUUCUAAGAUUCUUUUUAUAUUUUUUUGCAUUUUUCUAUCAUUGAUAACAUGAUCAGAUCAUGGAGCGGAUGUGAUACUGUUACCUCUGUUUGGUUGCAUGUAGCCUAUAUGCAAGAGUGAUUUACACAAAGAACAGCACAGCUCAUACCCACGAUAAGUCCGUCAAAACUCAAUUGUUUUUUCGACCUAUGCAAGUAAUUUAUUUGUUCAGAUAUUUAAUGAUUUGAGUUUUUGUUCCCUUUUGCAUAUAGGCAAUUCUUCUGAAAAAAUCUGUAACGCAUGUCGCUAAUGUUUCAUCGAAGAGGAGGUUGCCAAAGAAGAUUUAUAUAUGGUACUUGCAGAUGAUAACUUCAGUACUAUAGUUGUAGUAGUUGGUGAAGGGAGGUCUAUUUACAACAACAUGAAGGCUUUUAUUAGGUCUAUUUUUUAGAUAAUCUAUGGUCAAACUUUUUUUGAAUCCUAGGCCUGUUACAGUGGUGAGAGUUAUCUAGAAAGGCUUGUCUCAGUUAAUCCCUUACUUCGACCCUACUGAUGGGGAGCCUCUGGCGUCGUAUGUGCACUAUGGGACUUCAUUCUCUUUGAUUAUGCAAAUAAAAAAAUGUUAAUACUUCUGCA